AUGAAGCGCGGACGUGGUGGCGCAGGUGGAAACAAGAUGAGGGUCACCCUCGGUUUGCCUGUGGGAGCCCUCAUCAACUGCUGCGACAACAGUGGCGCGAAAAAUCUGUACAUCAUUGCAGUCAAGGGUUGGGGGUCCUGCCUCAACAGAUUGCCGUCGAGCUCCCUAGGUGACCUUGUUUUGGCAACAGUGAAAAAGGGAAAGCCAGAGCUCCGUAAAAAGGUGCACCCCGCAGUAAUUGUGCGCCAGCGCCGCGCCUGGAGGCGAGCUGAGGGGUAUUUCAUCUACUUCGAGGACAAUGCUGGGGUUAUUUGCAACAACAAGGGCGAGAUGAAAGGCUCUGCCAUCACUGGACCUGUUGCUAAGGAAUGUGCAGAGCUAUGGCCUAAAAUUUCGGCGGCUGCCCCCGCAAUUUGCUAG